CAUGAUUCACAGAGGCGUCGACCUGUGUGGACAAACAGCAGCACCUCAAACACCUUCAUCAGAUGGCAGCUCCUGACCCGUGUUUCAUGUGCGACCUGUCUGGAUGGAGGAGACUCUAAAACUGGCGCGAUGGCGAUGGAGAGCAGUCUGUGGACGACCUGUGACUACAGCAACAAUGUCACCUUCUUCUACAAUUUAGUGGAUAAGAAGAUCAGCGUAGUGUGGACGACGCGGGACUUUGUUGUGAUUGGACUGGGCUUGACAGUAUGUCUAAUCGUAGUCCUGGCCAACCUGAUGGUGAUGGUGGCCAUCUCUAUAAACCGCCUCUUCCACUUCCCCAUUUACUACCUCCUGGGUAACAUGGCUGCGGCGGACUUGUUUGCUGGUAUCGCCUACGCCAACUUGAUGUUGCACACGGGCCCCUGGACCAGCACACUCACCAAGGAGCAGUGGUACAUCCGUGGGGCUUUAAUCGACAUCAGUCUGACAGCCUCUGUGGCCAACCUGCUAGCUGUCGCCGUGGAGCGCCACCAGAGCAUCAUCACCAUGCAGCUGCACAGCAAGAUGACCAAGCGGCGUGUGGUGCUGCUGAUCGUCUGCAUCUGGGCUGUGAGCAUCAUCAUGGGCCUGGUGCCCUCGACGUUUUGGAACUGCGAGUGCGACCUGGCUGAUUGCUCCACCGUCGCUCCUCUCUACAGCCGCCGCUUCCUCAUAUUUUGGGCAGUUCUCAACCUGCUCACUUUCCUUAUCAUGGUGGCAAUGUACACUCGCAUCUUCGUCUACGUGAGAUACCAGACAUGGUAUGCAUCUCAGCACACGUUGGACGUGCAGCACAGGCAGACUGUUAUCAACCUGAUGAAAACGAUCUCCAUGGUCCUGGGUGCCUUUGUGAUUUGCUGGAUGCCCGGCCUCGUCACUCUCUUACUGGACGGGCUGCUGGGUAAAGCCAGCCACGCCAACGCCUAUGAGAAGUUCUGUUUGGUGAUAGCAGAGUGCAACUCUCUGGUCAACCCCAUCAUCUAUUCCCUGCGAGACAACGAGAUGCGGCAGACAUUCAAGCGGAUCCUGUGCUGCCUGUGUCAGAGAGGUGGUAACCAGCAGAGGGAGCUGUCACCUGCCGAGAUCGACUCGCCACUGCCAGAGGAAAGUCUUGGCUGUAUCCAGAAGUCAGAGGAACAGGCCAUCUGUACUAACGGUAAAGAGGAAAGCUGGACGAUGCUGGGGCUAUGAUGGCUGUAUGCCUGCAAUUUAAACAAAUAUUGACUUUAACUGUCAUCUAACCAACACAGACAGUGAUAUUCUUUGGUUUUUCUGCUGGAUGUCAGUCAACUCCUGCCAAAUGACCUCUCUUCCGUGUUUAAAUUUGUAAAUUGAAUGAAAAAUAUAUAAAGAUGCAUCUUUUGAAAAGGA